CCCUUGCUGGUCGCCCUGUUUCCUCCAUGCGAACUUGGCUGCUUCCUGUGAUUAUGGGAUCUGUAGGGGUGAGUAGGCCUUCCCUGGAGGAAGAUCACCUCAAGCCCGGUAGGAAGUUUAGUGUGGAACGCCCUCUCUUAAGACUGCCGUGGACGCAGUGUCAAAGGGGCCCAGCCCAGACUCAGAGGUGAGAGGACUCCAUCUUGUCCGUGGACAGUCUAGCUCUGGACUGCGUUUCCCAGAGACCGCAGCGGCACGACGUUACGUGUCUCUUGACGUCUUGGCAAGUUCGUGAGCUCGCAGGGACCCGGACGCGACCAAGGGGAGGCCGAAGGAAGUUGCUUCGGUAUACUAGGUGUUAUUUCUUUGGGGAGCAAGGAAGACAUCUCUGGACAGUGAAGAGAGGGUUGACAAGAGGCCUGUGCACAGGACUCUGUACUUCUCCAAGAGAAGAAUCCAGCAGAAUUGUAUCAGAUCAAGCAGUUCAAAUCUCAUGGCCCAGGGAUUGGUGACUUUCAGGGACGUGGCCAUAGAGUUCUCUCAGGAAGAAUGGAAGUGCCUAGAACCUGCCCAGAGGGACUUGUACAAAGAUGUGACUUUGGAGAACUUUGGUAACUUGGUCUCACUAGGACUUUCCAUUUCUAAGCCUGAUGUCAUCUCCUUAUUGGAACAAGGGAAAGAGCCCUGGAUUAUUGCAAAUGAUAUGACGGAACAGUGGUGUCCAGACUUGGAGUCCAGGUAUGAGAAAUUUCCACCAAAAGAUAUUUUUGAAAUAGAAUCAUACAAUUGGGAGAUAAUGGAAAGCCUUCAAUGCUGUGAUCAUCAGGACUCCAGUUUUAGAGAUGACUGGGAAUGCAAAGGCCAGUUUGAGAGACAAGUAAAUCAGGAAUGCUGUUUCAAGCAAGUGAGCAUCACCUAUGAAAAUAUGCCUUCUUUUGAGCAUGACACUUCCCUCAGUCUACAUCGGAGAAAUGAGACUAGUGAGAAACCAAUUGAAUGCAGUGAAUGUGGGAAAGCAUUUAGCCGUGGCUCACACCUUACUCAACAUCAGAGUGUUCAUACUGGUGAAAAACCCUUUGAGUGUAAGGAAUGUAGGAAGGCCUUUAGUAGGGCCUCACACCUUGUUCAGCAUCAGAGAAUUCAUACGGGUGAGAAACCUUAUGACUGUAAGGAAUGUGGGAAGGCCUUUGGUCGUACUUCAGAACUGAUUCUACAUCAGAGACUUCAUACUGGUGUCAAACCCUAUGAAUGUAAAGAAUGUGGAAAGACCUUUAGACAGCAUUCACAACUUAUUCUGCAUCAAAGAACUCAUACAGGUGAGAAACCCUACGUAUGUAAAGACUGUGGGAAGGCCUUUAUUCGUGGCUCACAACUUACAGUGCAUCGGAGAAUUCAUACAGGUGCUAGACCCUAUCAGUGUAAAGAAUGUGGGAAAGCCUUUAGGCAGCAUUCACAACUUACUGUGCAUCAGAGAAUUCAUACUGGUGAGAAACCUUAUGAAUGUAAAGAAUGUGGUAAGGGCUUUAUUCAUAGCUCAGAAGUUACUCGACAUCAAAGAAUUCACUCUGGGGAGAAACCCUACGAAUGUAAGGAAUGUGGGAAGGCCUUUAGACAGCAUGCACAGCUUACUCGACAUCAGAGAGUUCAUACUGGUGACAGACCCUAUGAAUGUAAGGAGUGUGGGAAGGCCUUUAGUCGUAGUUCCUACCUUACUCAACAUCAAAGAAUUCAUACAGGUGACAAACCCUAUGAAUGUAAGGAAUGUGGGAAAGCCUUUAUUCGUGUUUCACAACUGACUCAUCAUCAGCGAAUUCAUACUUGUGAGAAACCCUAUGAAUGUAGGGAAUGUGGAAUGGCCUUUAUUCGUAGUUCACAACUUACUGAACAUCAGAGAAUUCACCCCGGUAUCAAACCCUAUGAAUGUAGAGAAUGUGGGCAGGCCUUUAUUCUUGGCUCACAGCUCAUUGACCAUUACAGAAUUCAUACUGGUUAGAAAGCCUUGAAUUUUUGGGAUGUAGAAAAGAUUUUAAUAUGGAGUUAACACCUCACUCAAUAUUAGAUAAUUCUUACAAGUACCGCACAUUGACCUAUUGUGCCACUGGAGCACCCACUAGAUAAUUCUUAAUGUAAUGUAGAUAAUGUCAGAAAACCUUGAUUUUUUCACUUCCUUUAUGGAGUAUCACAUAAUUCAGACUAGAAGAAAAUUUAGUAAAUCUGGAAAUUCUUUUUUGCCUCGCACUUCCUGUUUACUGAACAUCAGAGGAUUUAGGCUAAAUUAAUAUUAAUAUGAAUUUAGAAAAGUCUUCUAUUGCCACUCAAAAUUUGUUAGAUUUCUAAGCAUUCCUAAUAGAGAAUAGUCCUACUAAAAUAUUUUGUGUGUGCCUUUAGCCAUGGCAUAUUUUUCCACCAGUUACUGACACUAUAGCAUUGGGCAAAUUACACAAUCUCUCUGUCCCGCAGUUUACUUAUUUUUAAGUAGUGAUAAUUACACCUGCCUAGUAGAGUCUUUUUGGGGACUAAAUCAAGUAUUUUAUAUAAAGCAUUAGAACGGGUAUCUGGGACAUGCAACUGCUCAAUAAUUAUUAGCUAAUCAUUGUUAUUAAUUUUUUUAUCUUCAGUAUUAUUGUUAAGGGAUUCAUAUGAGAGGAAGGCCUUAUGAAUCUAUCACAUAUCAAAAAGCCUUCAUAAGCCACUUGUUAGGAUAAUUCAUUCUGAAAAGCAGUAGUAAAUGAUAAUUAUCAUGAGAAGGCCUUCAUUCAGAAGGUUAGAAAUUCAGAAAAUUAUAAGUUAUUCAAAAAAAAAAAGAAAGGAAGAGAGAGAAGGAAAGAAAAGAAAUAACAGUAGCCAAAAGAAAUCUGCCCAUUUAGAAAUCUAAAACCACUUAAGUAUAACUUAAUUUAAAGAGAAAUCAAACCAAAAUUACAAACUAGAAAUGAUUAAGUGAAUUCUAUAUAUCAAAACCAGUUCAGUUCAGUAUGGCCAAAACUGUACUCCUCUCAGAAGUCAAGGAUUGAAGCCAAGAGCUUUGUUCAUCAAGUAUAGAACUCCAGCAUCUUGUUAUAGCCAGUCAUGUGGUAAGCACAUUGAAUGAACAGUCAACCCUAAAAGUUAAACAAAAAUUAUAAAGUAAACUAAGGUCAACAUUAAGAAGUCUUAUUAAAAAUAAAAGAAAAAUAAUAAUAAAAUGGAAAACAAAAUAGUAGCCUUAAUCCAAAGUUGUAAGAAAGACUAUUGGCAAGUCUAAUCUAGAAAAAAGAUAGCACACAUUUAACAGUAUGAAUGAAGAAGGGCUACGGUAGAGAUAUUUUUUUAAUAUCUAAUAUACUUGAAAAUCUAAAGAAAGUGGAUUUUUAAUAAAAAAAUAUCAAAAUUGAUUCAAGUUAUGAAACACUUCAAUAAAUCAAUGAUUUUAGUAGGACCUAAAAUGUCGUCAAAGCUCUAUCUCUUCAAGGAAAACAGUUUAACCUACAAAAACUUCAAGGACCAGAUAAUCCCUAAGAGCAGCUUACCAGUUCAUUUUCAAGGUUAAAUAAAAUACUGAAAGCAAAACUAGACAAAGAUAGCUCCUGAAAAACAAUUCAUAGAUCAUUGUCAUUUAUGAAAAUAAAUAAAUUCCUACAAAUUUAAUCUAACAAUCUAUUUAAAAAGCUAAUUUCAAAUGGAAUGUCUGGAACAUCACUUCUUUUGAAUAAUGUUUUCAGAAUGUUGAUAUUAUAACUGUAGAUCACAAUGAUGGGGGAAAGAGCCUGAUCCAACCUCAGUGACAUCUGGAUCAGAGCUUGUUAAUGAAUCUCAGGAAUUUCAGGAAAUCGAUCCCCUGCAUGCAGUAUCUGGGGCAGAGGAACAGUUACACUCUGAUGCCAGCCAUCUUAUCCAUCAUACUAAGUGUUUGGUAAAAACACCUGCAUUUUUGCACAUGUGAUUGCCUACAAAGUAUUAGAAAGCAGUGAUCUCUAAGUGGUUUAAUGAUUAGGUUGUACAGUUGGGAGAGCCCAAAGCUGUUGACAUUAAAAAUUGUCACCAUGAAUAGUUAAAUCACAUGAACAGAAUAAAAAUUUUAAAGUUGCAAUUUGGUAUACAGGCAUAAAUGAGUCUCCACUGUCUCUGGCCUCCUUCUAUCCCAUUACCCUAUCAAGUUCUUAUAUGUACUUCCUGAUUUUUGUUUGCAUAUGCAUAGACAUACACAUGACAUACUUUUUAUAAAAAAUUUUUACACAAAUGGAAUCGAAUUUCUAUACAUAGCUAUUUUCAACUUAUCCAUGCAUCUUGAAGAUUGGACCAUAUCGGUACAUAUAUAACUGCCUCAUUCUAUUUUAACAGCUGCAUAAUAUUCCAUCAUAUAUGUGUUCUAUAAUUUAUUUAAGCCUAUCAAUUUGGGUUUUUUCAUCUUUUGCUCUUUCAAAUGAUUCUGUAAUAAAGAUCCUUGACAUAAAUUA